ACAAAAGUCCUCCUCAUGCAUCGUUCCAUAAAUCCACUUUCCCUCACUUUAUCUGAUGCGGCUCUUUUUAUAAUUGUUCUAUAACCUGUUUAUUUACAUUAUACAGAUGUCAUGUCAAAAGUCACUGUAAUUUAAGUGUUUGGGUGUAGCUUUGUGUUGAAUUGCCUCACCCAUCAUCAUCAUCACUAGUGUGAGAUCAUCCAGACAAACAAGAAAUCCCUUCAUUUCCCUUAUCACGGAGGAAUGCUUGACAUUAAAACGGUUCAGGGAAUCCUAUCUGGUCAGGGAGGGUUGCCGUUUUUCCAGGCCCUGCAGGAAUAGCACAUUUGUGUGCAUAAAGCAGGAAAAAUGAGUACAGGGAAGCCGAGUGGUCUCAAACCACCCACCAAGAUUGGUAAACCGGCUGCGGCGCCAACCAAAACCUCGCCCACCUCAGCUGGCGCCAAGGAUGUAAAAUCUCCGACCUCCAAUACCGGCCAAGAUGCGCCGUCAGAUUUCACUGUUGGCGAACGUGUUUGGGUCAACGGAAAUAAACCGGGUUAUGUGCAGUUCAUCGGAGGGACCCAGUUUGCUCCGGGCCAGUGGGCAGGAAUAGUUCUCGACGAGCCCAUUGGGAAGAACGAUGGCUCUGUGACUGGAGUGCGCUACUUCCAGUGCGAGGACUUGCGAGGCAUAUUUACUCGGCCCUCCAAACUGUCUCGUACUCCCGUGGCAGAGCGUGAGGCCAAUGGCACGCAGACUCCCACCAACAAGACGUCCGCCUCCCCUGCCAAAGAUCCCGCUCCUGUCACUCAGACCACAAGUGCAACCACCAAGACCUCAACAAACCUAACCAGGGCCACCAGCGAGUCUGCAUCCAAUCUGUCUGAGACGGAUUCAGCCAAGAAGUUACAGCGGGAUCUGAAGUUGGGUGAUCGUGUAUUGGUUGGAGGAACCAAGGCAGGUGUUGUGCGUUUCCUAGGCGAAACUGACUUCGCGAAAGGUGAUUGGUGUGGCGUUGAGCUGGACGAGCCUCUUGGCAAGAAUGAUGGGGCAGUGGCUGGUGCAAGGUAUUUUCAGUGCCUCCCAAAGUAUGGACUGUUCGCUCCUACGCACAAAGUCACACGCAUCGGAUUCCCGUCAACCACUCCUGCCAAAUCCAAAACCUCCAGGCGCAGGUCAACCCUAAAGAACAGCCCCAGCGCAUCCUCCGUCAGCUCCCUCAGCUCUGUCACCUCCUCAGUAGGAGGCAAACCCAGCCGAGCAGGCCUGCUCACAGAGACGUCGGCACGGUAUGCACGGAAGAUCUCAGGCACCACAGCCCUGCAGGAGGCCCUGAAGGAGAAGCAGCAGCACAUCGAGCAGCUCCUGGCUGAACGGGACCUGGAGAGGACGGAAGUGGCACGAGCCACAAGCCAUGCCGGGGAGGUGCAGCAAGAGCUGGCGCUGCUCAGACAGGGCCAGGAACAGUACUCCCUCGAGAUGGAAGCCAAGUUGGACCAGUUGCGGAGACUUGUGGAGACUGCAGACAGAGAUAAAGUGGAGUUGAUGAAUCAACUGGAAGAGGAAAAAAGAAAAGUGGAGGACCUGCAGUUUCGUGUAGAGGAAGCUUGCAUUACCAAAGGUGACCUAGAGACGCAGACCAAACUGGAGCAUGCCCACAUAAAGGAGCUCGAACAGAGUCUUCUCUUUGAAAAGACCAAAGCAGAUAAACUCCAGAGGGAGUUAGAGGAUACUAGGGUCGCCACAGUGUCCGAGCGCUCCAGGAUCAUGGAGCUGGAAAAGGAGGUGUCCGACCUGCAGCUUCAGCUGAGAACUCUCCGGGCCGAGACCGCCGGAUCAGCCUCGCCUCCAUUACAAGACAAAAAGAUCAAGGAGUUGAACUUUGAGUUGGAGAACAGACAGAAGGAGGUGCUUCUAUUCCAGCAGAAACUCGCCUCCUCUGAACAGGAGAAAACAUCCCUCCAGCAGCAGCUGCAAGAUCUGACAAAGAAGCUUGACACAGCAGCAGAGGACAAUAAUAAAGCAACACAAGCAAUGCAAGCAGAAAUGGAAAGGAACAUGAAAACGGAGAAAGAGAAGCUGGAUCAGGUCUCCAGGGAGAAGGAGGACCUGCAGAGGGAUGUAGCCGCCUGGAAGCAACAGGAACAGGUGAAGGGUGAAGAGAGAGAGUUUCAGAUGAAAGAGCUGAAAGAGAAGUUGGGCCAAACAGAAGGAGAGUUGAGCAGAAUCACAGAGAGGAGCAUUGAGCUGGAACGGCAGGUGGCGGACCUGAAAGCCUACAAAAACCAAACCCAGUCUGAUGAAAAGCUGGAGCAGAUGAUGCAUAAGAAUCAGGAGUUGCAGGUGGAGCUUGAGGCCCUGAAGCAGCAGAACUCUCAGUAUCAGGAGCAGUUGAGUUCAGAAACGCAGCGCAUCGGGAGCCUCCGCAAAGAAAUUGAGGAGCUAAAACUAUCAGCCAAUCAGAAGUCUCAGAGGCAGGUGUCGCUCCAGGACGAAAAAGGGAUGUUGGCUCAGGAGUUGGACGUCUACACGCAGCAGAAGCUUGAUGACGAAGCUCUGACUAGCCAGCUGGAGAUUACAGAGAGGGAGAAUUCCAAUGCAUUGAUGUCCGAUAAAGACAAAGAGCUAGAGACACUACGAAAUGAGAUUGCAGUGCUGCGUGGGGAAAAUGCCAUGGCCAAGACGCUCCAGUCGGCUGUGACGUCUCUAGAGAGGGACAAAGCCCAGCUGCAGAGCCGAGUGAACAGCUUGGAGCAAAAGCUGGAGGGCCGGCAUGCGGGGAACGGAGAGGAAGUCACCUCAGUGGGUGAUGCUGCUUUGGACCAACUGAGAGAAGAGAAAGAGUUUGCUGAGGGACAGAUCAACUUCCUGAACUCAGUGAUUGUGGACCUCCAGAGGAAGAAUGAAGAACUAAAGGUGAAGCUGAAGAAAAUGGCGUUGACCGAGUUCAACGGAAAUGAUGACAAUGACGGUCUUGGUGAGGUCAAAAAGAAGAAGAAAGCCCCACCACGAGUUUUCUGCGACAUCUGCGACUGCUUCGACCUGCACGACACGGAGGACUGUCCCACGCAAACACAAUCCCCAGACUCGCCUCCCCACACCACCUACCACGGCACCCGCAGCGGCGAACGACCGUACUGCGACAUCUGCGAGGCGUUCGGUCACUGGACAGAUUCUUGCAACGAUGACCAAACCUUCUGAACUCCCCCUCAACCCCUCCGCCUGUGAGCAGGCUAUGCACAGAUUGCUUUCAACCAGAUUAUUCGCUAUUUUUCUACACAGCGUAUAUACAUUCGAACCUCUUGUACAUUCCCUUGAACGUAUCCGCCCAUAUGAAGGCUAAGGUAUGCUGCAUUGAUGGAAUUUGAAUUAUGAAGAUGAGAGGUAUUUCAGUGUGUUAUUAUUAAUACCGUUUUGUGUGUUUCAUAAGUUUUUCAUUGUCUUGAGUGGAUUGAUCCAUUGACAAAUUACCAGCAAGAAAAUUGGGAACGGUUUAGCGAUACUUUGCCGUGUAUUUAAAGCUGCUGUGUGUAAUUUCUACACCACUAGAGGCACAAAAUCACAAAAAUAAUGAUCCAAACAGGUUUCCAAAACACUCCCAUUCUUCCAUUGUAGCUCCGCCCCAAACUCGCGCCAUUGGUUGAGUCAGAAGUUGACAUUUCAGACCACUCAAACAAACACAGCGAUGUUUUGAAAGAGCCUUCGGAAUGGUAUACUAGCACACUGCAUACUGCAAACUAGUGUUGCCAAAAGUACCGAGUCGGUACUGAAAUUUAAAAAAUGUGAUGCUUGGAGCGCUGUUGAGCUGAUUCGUAAACACCUGAUUGUGUUCACGCGCUCAUCAGAUAUAUCUGUGAUUGGCUACAAUGAUCAGUGCUCAACAGCACUCAAAGGGUCACAUUUUUAAAAUUUCAGUAUCGACUUGGUAUCAAAGUCAGUACUUUUGACAACACUACUGCAAAAUGCUCACUAUACUCUGAAUAUGGCCUACUAUUUUUUUUUAAAAGAAUAUGAAACGGUACACAUUAUGCAACAAUAAAUAAUAAGCCAAGAAAAUGUUGUUAAAAAUCAUAGCUUCUAGUUUUUCGUCCCACAUAAAAUUGACUCCAGCCGAGCACAUUGCAUUAUGGGAUAUAUACUGCACAUUUACACCUGGGCAUUCUAAGCAUACAGACAUUAUACAUACUAUGCACAGCAUAAAUACUAUACACUACAGAAACAUUACUUGUAGUAUGCUAUUCCGAACAUAGCCAACGUUUGGUAACUCACACUACGAAUGGUUUACUAGCAGUUUAUCUGCACAUUAAACCAGGAUAGACGAUUUUAACGAAUAAAAAAUACACACUUCAGCUUAAAGAACUCAUGACGGACUGUUAUCACAGACACAAAACCGUAUGACCAGUGCACCAAACUAAGCUGAAGCUAACCACUAUUAACUUAUUGCACUUCUCACUUUAAAUGUAUACAGCACAUGAGUUUAACUGCCAUUCUUUGAAACUAAGUUAUUCUUUUUACUGUUAAAUGUCAGGCAUAUAGUCAUGAUAUUGUCAUAUGAAUGGCUUUUUAUGUGUAAUUUUGAUGUUAUGUCCUGUAGAUUUCAGGCCUAUUCACACCAAGUCGGCAAGAUUUUAAGAUUAACCUUUUAGUUUUGUAUAUACGGACACAAGAUUGAUUUAUUUAAAUUGAUCAAAUGCCGUUUCUUCAGGUAUCCAAACUUUUCAGACAAAACAGUUUUGGUGCAAAAAAAUGGUUUGCAAAUAUUUUAUACUUUCAUGUAUUUUAGUCACUUUAAACUUGGUGUGAACAGACCCUUUACAAGCACAACUUUUAAGCACAAAAACAUAUUGUAUCUCUUGUUAUUGAUGUAAUAUUAACAACCAAGUUUAUUUAGCAACCUAAUAAACUGCAAGUGUUAGAAUCGGUAACCUGCAAUGAACUGGUGCACAAGAUUAUAUUAAAUAUGUAUAAUAAUCAUGAUUAUUCCCCUUUUGUUUAAAUGAAUACAAUUUUGCAUUAAGUGCAAAUAUAUGGUCUGUUUCUACUGAAAUAUUGUGACAGUCUUUAACUAUUGUACUGUUUAAUGUACUGUAUAUUCACCUGAACUCAAUACAAACAUUGAACAAA